GUGGCUACACUACUGCAGACAGACUGACUCAAUUUGAAUAUUUCUAUAAGAAAUAAGCACAUUUUAAAAAUCAGCAUUAAUAUAGUUUCAUAUAUGUGAUAGCAGGAUGAUACUAUGUUCUCAAGUGAUUGUUUACGUUGAUUGUUGUGAUCUGUUAUUUCUUUGUCUUAAGGAUGUCAAAGACUUCACCCAAUGUUCUGCUGCAUAGAGCGCCUAUCCAGCUACGGUAGACUAACGUGACUAUGUCACAUAUAGGAAGCGGUCAUGGGAGAAAAAAAAACGAGCUGUGAAACUUCUGUGUCUGGAAACAGACAGACAGACAGACAGACUGAUAGACGGAUGCACCAGCAGAUUGUCAUCUAUAAGCGACACCAUGGAACCCAACUGCUCCUUCGACGAGGUGGACCACCUGAUGACAUCACUGGAGCUCGUCAUCUACGUGCCCAUCUUCGUGUUUGGCCUUAUCCUCAACGUCCUCGCCCUGGUUGUCUUCUGCAUCUUCCUCCGCAAGUGGAGCGAGUCCACCAUCUACAUGACCAACCUAGCCCUCAUGGACCUCCUUCUCCUCCUCCUGCUCCCCUUCAAGAUGCACGCCACCAACCACCAAUGGGCGGCCCACCACAGCUUCCUCUGCUCCCUCCUGGAGAGCCUGUACUUUGUGGGGAUGUACGGCAGCAUCUAUACCAUCACCUGCAUUGCUGUGGACCGCUGGGUGGCCAUAUGCCACCCAUUCCGCGCCAAGCAGCUCCGUUCCCCCCGGGCUGCUCUGGGGACCUGCAUCCUGGUCUGGGUGGUGGUGCUGGGGGGCAUCUCCCCCAUCUAUGGGUUCCGCAAGGAGGAAACGGGGUCCUUCCACUGCUUCCACACGUUCUCAAAGGAGGGCUGGCAUCCAAAGGUGAUCGGCUGCCUGUUGAGCUUCGGGUUCGUGGGGCCGGCCCUGGUGCUGGUGGUGUGUUCAGCCCAAAGCAUCCGGACACUGAGGCAGUCGGGCCAGGAGAGCCCUAAAAGCAGAAGCUGCGUGAAGAUCAUCUACAGUAGUCUCUGUGCCUUCCUGGUCCCGUUCACGCCCAGCCACCUGGGCAUCCUGCUGCAGUUCCUGGUGCAUCAAAGCCUGAUCGAGGACUGCUUGGCCAAGACGAGGAUCAGCUUGUAUAUUCAGGUGACCAUGAGUCUGGCCAACAUCACGUGCUGUCUGGACGCUCUGUGUUACUACUUCAUCACCACGGAGGUGAGGAGCUCCAAGCAGACCUUCACCUUCAGGAGGUCCAUGAGCCAGAAGAGAGCCACCACCAGCACCUCAGAGCUCUGACGAGACCCAUGGAGGAAAAAACACUGAGCCAAACUGAUUGAAAUGACGUUUUUACCAUUUUCCCCCACUGGGAAGUUACUGGCUGUAAUCUGACUAUGUUUGUGAGACAUUCUGCCACUGUUGGAGGACAAGGGACGUCGACAAGGAAAAAGGAGUAUUUAUUGUUGAAUACCUAGACAACAAGGUAGGUUGAAGGACAACAAGGUACUGUAGGUUGAAUAGGAGAAGUCAGUUUGCUUACAAUAGGCAUUCAUGAGCUCUUGUCAUACAGUAUGUGGGCUAAGACAUACAGUCAGGUCCAAAAUGAUUGGAUCCCUUGAUAUAGACGAUCAAAAAAGACUGUAUAAAAUAAAUUAUACAAAUACUGAGCUGUAUUGUAUGCUUAAUUUAAAAAAAAAAAUGUAUAUUAUUUUAUGCUAAUACAAUUGCUCAGAGAAAGAGAUUUUUUUUAAAUCUCAAAAAGAUAUGGAUCCCCAUUUUUCAGUACUCCAGCACCCUCCCCUUGCAAGGAUAAUGACACUGAGCCUUUUUCUAAAAUGUUUUAUGAGAUUGGAGAACACAUUGGGAGGGAUCUUUGACCAUUCCUCUAAACAGAAUCUUUCCUUCGUCUGCACUUAUGGACUACCCUCUUCAAUUCAAACCAUAGGUUUUCAAUGGGGUUCAAGUCCAGAAACUGAGUUGGCCAUUGCAAAAUGUAGAUUUUGUGGUCAGUUGACCAUUUCUUUGUGGACUUUGAUGUGUGCUUGGGGUUAUUGUCUUGCUGGAAGAUCCACUUGCGGCCAAGUUUUAGCCUCCUAGCAGAGGCAACCAGGUUUUUGGCUAAAAUGUCCUGGUAAUUGGUAAAGUUCAUGACGCCGUUGACCUUAACAAGAGCCCCAGGACCAGUGGAAUCAAAGUAGCCCCAUAACAUCAAAGAUCCACCUCCAUAUUUUACAGUCGAGAUGAGGUAUUUUCUGCAUAUGCGUUGUUCCUUCGAAGGCCAAACCAACCAGUGGUGUGCGUGCCCAUAUACUUCUAUCUUCAUGUCAUCUGAUCAUAGUUCGCUAAAUGGCAUUGGCACUUAGAUUGGAACCUGUCAUAUGACAUAUUUUAUACAGUCUUUUUGCUCAGUUUUAUUAAGGGAUCCAAUCAGUUUGGACUCCAUACGGGAAAAAAAUCCCAUUUAUCUCUGUAUACAGUAUGCUGAAUGUUGCUGUGGAGUUAUGUUUUAUCAUAUGUACAUCAACUAUAUACUAUGUUCUGUACUGAAUAUUGUGUAUUUCAAUUGUAUUACAUUAUUAUAUGAUCAUA